AUGUCGUCGGGGGUGGCGCCCGCGAAGGAGUCCUUCGAGAAGACCUACAGGGUGGGGCACGUCUUGGGGAAGGGGGGAUUCGGGAUCGUGUACGCUGGGGUGAGGGCGCGGGACAAUCUUCCCGUCGCCGUCAAGCACAUCGCCAAGAACAGGGUCACCGACUGGGGCAAGUUGAACGGCCGUCGAGUGCCGUUGGAGCUGGCCCUGCUCACGGAAGUGGAGCGGAUCAACGGCGUAAUCCGCCUCCUGGACUUCUACGAGCGGCACGAUUCCUUCGUGAUCGUCAUGGAGCGCCCCGAACCCUCCCAGGACCUCUUCGAUUACAUCACCGAGAAGGGUUAUCUGGACGAGACCCUCGCCAGGCACUUCUUUAAGCAGGUCCUGGAGACAAUCAUCGCCUGCCACUCCGUUGGUGUCGUCCAUCGGGACAUCAAGGACGAGAAUCUGCUCCUCGAUCUGAAGACGCUAACCCUGAAGGUGAUCGACUUCGGGUCCGGUGCCUACCUGAAGGACUCCGUCUACACCGACUUCGAUGGUACUCGAGUGUACAGCCCCCCGGAGUGGAUCCGUUACGGGAGGUACAGAGGCGAAGAAGCGGCCGUUUGGUCGUUGGGGAUCCUCCUCUACAACAUGGUUUGUGGGGACAUCCCGUUCGAGAAGGACGACCAAAUCCUUCGUGCUCAACUACACUUCCGCAACCCCCUCUCACCUGAAUGCGAGGAUCUUAUUCGACGGUGCCUGAAGGUGAGGCAGACGGACAGGGUGUCACUCGAAGAGAUGAUGCAUCACCCGUGGUUUUUGAUGGACCUCAGCAAAUACUCCAAGAAGGCUAGUGGCGAAGGGGUGAACGGUGGGGCAGGAGUGGUGAGGGGAGUGGUGAUAAUGGAUAACCUAGCCGUGACGGUGGGUGGGAAGAGGGACCAUCACAUGACCCUGGACACAUCGUCGGCGUCGUCACAGGACUCGAUGUCCUCGCAAGGCUCUGUUUGA